CGUUGUCCGAGUUGACAAGAUUUUGUAUUAUCCAGUUUUUUUGCCGAGCGGCAGAAAGACAGCGAACUCGGGAUGGCUGCACUCAUGCGCGUCCGGGGCUUUUCGCAAUAUUCCCGUCUGACGUCAACCUCACCAACCCUCGACUACUACCGACGAUCCAUUGAAAUCCAUCGUUCAAAACCUUCCCCGCCGCACUUCCAGUCCUCGAUCCACACCCCGGCCGAAGGCGAGGAGGAGGAGUGGGAGUGCACGCGCGACCAUGGACGCACCUCGACGCCAGUCCCAUUCAUUAGAGACUGGCGCACGACUGUCUUGCUUGCGGCCGACCUCGAGUGCUCCUUCCUACAAGGCUGCCGCGCGACAUGCGGCUUGGGUCGGUGCCAUUGUGUAGGAAGGACGCUAUCCUCGAGCGCGAGAGACAGCAGGUGUCGUCCGCGUAGGCCGUGGGGGCUGACCAGACCUGGCGCCAAGGUCCGCCAGCCACCCAAACGCACGCUCUCUAGCUACCCGACGUCUCGGGAUGCUAGGGAACCAUACGUCCGCUAGCGGGUAGGGUAUCUUGAUGCCGGAAACCAACGAAUUGCUGAAGGUGGUGAGCGGCUGUCGUUGGGCGGCCGCGAUCACCUCCACUUGUGUCCCUCUCCCGGGUGCUGCCGCGCGUCAUUUGCGGCUUGGCGUGAGUCGUAGUGACUGAAUAUUCAGGAGUGGACGGAUUGUUCGAUGGUGGAAGGCGACGAUGGACUCGUCCCGCAGCUAGCGGAAGAGGGUGUGUUACCGCUUAUGCUGUCGGUUCGUCUGAUAGUAGGAUUGUGAAGGUAGACAUGUGCGGCAAUGGUACCCCUUCCCUCAUCCAAUCUCGAGUUGGGAGGCUAAGUCGGGGGGUACAAGAACCGAGACAUGAUGAUGAGAGGCGAGGCUGCGUCUGCCGGGGAAGAAGCUGGUUGAGGCGUAUGCUGCUUGGUAGACGAUGCUGGUAGUAGGUGAGGUGGGAUGAGCGUAGUGGCCGGCUCUUUAUACUCGUGUCUGUGGUGGCUGGCAAGCCGCUUCUCGGUUCAUGUCGAAAGUCAACCACCGCAGCGUAUUCUUGGACAACCAGUCCUGUGUCGUGGACACAGCCUCGCGAGGCCGAGGCCUUGAGUUUCCGGACAUACCUUCACAGAUAUCGAGCUGCCGGACGUGUGAGGUGGUUUGCGGCUGGCAUCUGCUCCAUGUGAUUCCAUGAGCCAAAGAGGCCCAUUCAGACCGGUCUACCCCCCAUAGACUCCGUCGAUCCUCGCCAGCUUGCUAUGGAAACUUUGCCUGUGAUAUCGGGUGCCGAUUCUCAUCGCAAGUGCUCUCGUAGCAGCCACUCUUUCUGCCGACUCAAAGCAACGUCUGACAAGGCA